CAGGCGGGCCGGUACGCAGUUUCUAGGACCGGGGUUUGGUAAUCUACGUCAAUCUUGAUCAUAAGAGCUGAACUCCAUGUGGGUCGGGUUGGUAUCGAGAGGUCAAACGUCCCUGCUCUUAUAAGACGAUACAAGACGAACAUCUCUUGUCGUGUAACCUCCAGCAGCUGCCGUCAUGAAGCUUCGGUUCAAAGUGUAUUAUCCAACCGAGAGAUACAGCAUUCUCUUCCUGUUGACCUGUGUUGUUGAGGCGCUAUGCGUGCUAGCGUUGUCAGGAUAUGUCUUUGGUACAAUGCUCUCGAAAACACACAACCCUGGCGAUCAUGAUAACGAUGGCGACGAUGGGGAGAAAACAUCUGUUAAUACUGCACAACUGAGGGUGAUUCCGGUUUACCUUGCGAUCUUCAUCUUUGCGUUUGUAUACCAGUUGGGAAUGGCAUGGGAUGCUCUGCGAUUGAAAAGCAUCAUGCAGACGUUGGGAUUGGCCUUGUUUAAUGUCCUUCUGUUGGCAUACUCCUGCGUUCAAAUCAAUCAAGUCGAUGAUGCCUGGACUUCAGCAUACAAAGACAACCUCACGGUUUACAAUACUACCACCCCCGGCUCUUCCCAGAAAGCCCAUGAUUUGUAUCAACACAGUCUCAGGCCCGAGUUAAUAGCUGUCCCCAUCAUCAUCGGCGUUGCAACAUGUCUCAACUUAUUCUGCUCCUGGAAGCUCUACAGCGUGGAGUUACGCAGGAGGAUUUGGUAUGACGUGGGAGCAAGCACUCACCUCAAACGUCUGUUGUUCAUCUACCAAGUUCUUCUUACGCUACUCAAGUUCGACUUCUUCUUCCUCAUCGGGUUCCUUAUCCAGGAACUCGUCGUUGUUGAUAUUAAGGUAUAUGAGGAAGUUCUGUCAGCCCUAGGUAUAGCAGUCACGCUUGUCAUCAUCAUCUUGUGCGCUUGGGCCUUGCGACAUGAAAAAUGGUGGCCUAUGGUGGUAUCGGAGUUCUUUUUCACAUGUGGUCUGGCAUACUUCAGCUACAAACUCUACAGAGCUGCGACCCAGGGCAAGUACAAGUACGUGAGGAAAACUUUGAUAAUGUUUGCCAGCAUUUCACUGGUUAUGAUCCUCAUAACGAUCAUAAUUGCAGGGAUUUGUCUCCACAACUUCGGCAAAGGUCUCAAACGCGUUCUGCUGGAUCCGAAGCUAGGAAAGGACGAUCGACCAGGAGUAAUCAAGAUGACACAGGGUACUGGACAAGGAGUUACGGCGGCAGGUUCAGAUGAACCGAAAGAAUCUGCCACUGCAUCACAAACAGAACUCGAUGGCCAGCAGACCCACCGCAUCAUGAUCGAAUGAACUUUCGCCUUCCUCCUCGAGUCAUUGCCAGUCAUUAGAUACCACAUUCGUUCAGCAAUUGGGUAUUUUUCAGGCAGAACACAUAUCAAUCAAGUCAUUCAAUGAACAAAAAAUUGCAUUUGCGGUCACCUAUGAGUAACAGCCAGCGCAACAAUAAAGAAACCGUAAU